AAGAGUGCAUGUGUUUGAAUGUAAUUAAAGCAUCAGGAAUGGCAUUUGUGUACUAGUGAAAAUAGACCAACGCCAAUUGUUGAAAAUGUAGAAUAACAUUAUGCAAUAGGAGAAUAUGAUAUGAUAUCAUUUUGUAGGCUUCUUUUAUUCACAAUAUCAUUAUUAUUAUUAUUUUAUUAAACUUUUUUAGGCACAUAUUUUUUCUUUAUUCGAUCUUUUCUUUUUUUCUUCAGUUGUAGCCUACGUAGUGGGCGACUGGGCGCCAUACGCCUGCCUACCGCCGAGCCAGCUUUGAUUGGACAAACCCUGGUCCCUUUCGUCCCAAACAGCCGUGCAAAAGUCGCUGGAAAUGUAACUUUGUAGCCUACUGGUAAAAGUGUCGCCAGGAGAACAAAGAGUUAACAUGUAGAAAUGGAUUUUAUGAAACUUUUUGGCACGGUUUUCGCCGUUUUCCUCUACCCGGGAUGUGCGUCUAAAAUCAAUGGCCACCGGAUCUGUCGCCGGGGGAGGGAGCGCCCCUGCUACCAGGUCUUCUACGUCCACGACAGCCGGGGGCGGUUGACUUACGAGGAGGCCCGCCUCGCCUGCCGCUCGGACGGCGGCGAGCUGCUCAGCAUCGAGACGGAGAGCGAGCAGCGGCUGGUGGAGCGCUUUAUCCAGCAGCUGAAGGUGGGCGAGGGGGACUACUGGAUCGGCCUGCGCAGGAACCCUCAGCGAAGCAGGCCCGCCGGCGCCAGCCCGCCAGCCUGCCCGUCACAGUACUACUGGCUGGACGGCAGCAGAGCCAAGUUCAGGAACUGGCACUGGGAUGAGCCGUCAUGCGGCGCUGAGAUGUGCACCGUCCUGUACCACCAGCCCUCCGCACCGCCUGACGAGAGGGGCCAUUUCCUCUUCCAGUGGAACGAUGACAACUGCAAUUCCAAGAACAACUAUGUCUGCAAAUAUGCGUUGGCAGAAAGAUUACCUGCAUUUACAGAGAUGGGGAAAACUGUAACCACAGUGACAUCCCCGAAGCUGUCAACAACAGAGAGCUUUGAAAAGCUUGAAAUAGCACUGCCUGAACCUUCAGUGUCACUGUCAGACAACGCUCUGUACAUUUACUACACCCUCUGUGUGGCUGGGCCUGUACUACUGCUGUUAUUGUUGCUGGCGACAGGGUUUCUGUGCUACAUUCGAGUUGCUAAAAGGAGAAAACCGGCCACGGACCCCCAUCACCUUCCCGGUGCGGCGGCGGCGGCGGCGGCGGAGGCGGCAGACCCGUGCGUCACCCAGGGCCCGUACGCCUUCAGCGACGUGACCAAGCUCCACUACGCCAACCCGGACAGCUGCGUCACGUUGGCAGACCUCAAAAAGAUGUACUUUUACGCUUCCUCGCCGGAUAGCGCACAGUGUGACGAUUACGAGAACCUGCCGUGCCCUGAGCGGGAGCAGGGCUUCGUGACCAACGACAUCUACGAGAUUUGCAGACAGCAGGGCUGCCGCUCACGUCCGCCCGCCGGCUGGGUGGAAAACGAGAUCUAUGGAUAGACCCGCUGUCGGCUGGCUCCUGUCUGUGUGGGAGCCAGACGGCCACACAUUUCCAGUGACUCAUGCCCCACUCCGGAAUGUAUGGCUAUCAACUCCCCUCUCAC